AUGGAUCCAGCAACAAUCAUUCAACUCGUCGAGGGAUCGCUGAGUUUGGCAUUGCAAUGCGGCCAAGCCACAAAGACGCUAAGCGACAUUGCUGCGAAAUACAAGUAUGCUAAGCUUACAAUUCUCAGCAUGGUCCAGGGUUUGGAUACCAUUCAGUUGGCAUGGAGCCAGAUUGGUGACUGGUCUCAGAAAUAUAUACCCGAAACGGCCGGAGACGGCGAAGUUCUCCUACAAAGGCUGCAGCGGUCUCUAGAGAACGGCAUAAUCAUAAUGGAUGCUCUGGAGGGAGAUCUAAAACCCUACCAAAGCAAUAACCUGAGCUUUAUGCAGCGCUCAAAAGCCAUCCGGAAACGAAAACACUCUCCGCGGCCACCAAGAUCGGAUCAGCCACCAGGCGCUGGCUAUGACUUGCUUGCUGCAGGCUAUACAGCUCAAGUCCUCACUGGCUAG